AUGAUGGCUAUGAACAGUAAGCAAGCUUUCAGCAUGCACCCAAUCCUCCAGGAGCCCAAGUACACCAGCCUGCACUCAAGUUCCGAGGCUAUGCGCAGAGUUUGCCUUCCAGCCCCUCAGCUCCAGGGCAAUAUAUUUGGAGGCUUUGAUGAGAGUCUGCUGGCCCGUGCUGAAGCUCUGGCGGCUGUGGAUAUUGUCUCACACGGCAAGAACCAUCAUUUCAAGCCAGACAUUACCUACCAUACCAUGAGCAGUGUCCCAUGCACUUCUACCUCCUCCACGGUUCCCAUUUCCCAUCCCUCCUCGCUGACAAGUCACCCUCACCACUCAGUGCAUCAAUGUUUGGAAGGAGAUCUUCUGGACCAUAUCUCACCUACCUUGACUGUAAGUGGCAUGGGCGCAUCUGACCAUACGGUGAUGUCCUCACAGAUCCAUCCACAUCACCUGGGAGCCAUGGGACACCUGCAUCAAGCCAUGAGUAUGGGCCACCCGCACUCAGUGUCUUCUCACAAUGGCAUGGCUUGCAUCAACGACGUGGAGUCUGAUCCAAGGGAGCUGGAGGCAUUUGCUGAGAGGUUCAAGCAGAGGAGAAUCAAACUUGGAGUGACCCAGGCAGACGUCGGGGCAGCUUUGGCCAACCUGAAGAUUCCAGGUGUUGGGUCACUAAGCCAAAGUACCAUCUGCAGGUUUGAGUCAUUGACCCUUUCCCACAACAAUAUGAUCGCCCUGAAACCGGUUCUCCAAGCUUGGUUGGAAGAAGCUGAGGCUGCCUAUAGAGAGAAGAACUCCAAACCUGAUCUAUUCAAUGGCAGUGAGAGAAAACGCAAGCGCACUUCUAUAGCUGCACCAGAGAAAAGAUCUUUGGAAGCUUACUUUUCUAUCCAGCCUAGACCUUCAUCGGAGAAAAUUGCAGCCAUUGCUGAAAAGCUGGACCUUAAAAAGAAUGUGGUGCGAGUGUGGUUUUGUAAUCAAAGACAAAAACAGAAAAGGAUGAAAUAUUCUGCAGUUCAUUAACUGGACAGCUGGUAAAUAUCUGCACACACACAAAAAAUCUUGACUUUUUAGAGAUUUCAUUUGAAGAGCAGGGAUCUUAGAACUUAAAGAGAACUCCAAGUAAAUACAAGAAGCCAUCAACCUACUUGAUUGAUUUAUUUAUGUUCCUUCUUCAUCAGCAGAGAGUGUCUAUCACAUAAUCACAAUUUAUGGAAACUGUUUUUGGAUGGCUGAUGUCCAACUUAGAAAACAGUGAACCUCUCACACUCAUCACUACUGGUUAACUUCAUCCACAGACUUCAUCCACAAAUGGUUCUCCACUUCCAACCUUACUGGUUACUUGUCUUGAUUUUUUAAGAUACAUUGCAAUAACUACUGAACAUCCUUCACACUGAGCUACAAAAGCUCGUCCUACUGGUUCUUGUGAUUUCCUUAAUACAACUAUUAUAAUGUGUGUUACAAAUCACUUUACACAGUUAGCUAAAUCGCUACCCCACUUCCCACCCCAAAAAAGAGGAAAUUUUACAAGCAAACGGUAGGUUCGGUUAUACUUUAGUAAACACACAUUGAUGUGAAGUAUUAUUUUUAAUGAUAUUUCUUUUUUCUCCUUUUAUUCCUAGCAGCUACAAAAAUGCUAAAUAAUAAAUGAGAAUUGUAACGCAAUUUUCAUCUGAAUCUUGUGUUUGUAAUUAAAGAUCACUUUGUUCUUACUCUAUGUACUUAAUCAGCCCUACAAAUUCUCCUAAUUCGUUUUUUGUUGUAAAAUCUAAGAAUUUGUCACCUUUUAUUGCCCCACCAGGUAAGAUCACACUGCACACUGUGACUGUCCAAAUAGUUACAUGGUAUCAUUUUGUAACAGAAUUAUAAAAUGCAACUUUUCCCUCACUUUCCUCUAUUAACAAAUAAAUGUAUCAUUUUUGUUCCUUUUAAAUUAUUGCAUCUAACACUUGUAUGAUACACAGGGGGGAAAAAAAAUCAGGUUCAUUUGAAAACGUUUAAACUCAGUAUUUUAAAUCCAUACUUCACUAUGCAUUUAAUAUUUUACAUCGAUGUAUUUUGUGUAGUUAUUGUGUUGGUGUGUGACUAUAUAUAUAUAAAUAUAUAUAUUUUUUGUUCUUUGACUACAACCUGAAUUAACGUUGUUUAAUUCCCCAAAUUAACAUCUGCAAUAAAUACUUUAUUUUUGAAGUUUAAAUACUGUUCCAUUUCAUUGCCAGAGGCACCUCAUCAAUAAAUUAU